AUGUACCUAUCCAAAACCCUUUGUGACCAGGAUGUGGUGCAAAGGGAUCUGUGCCUUCUAACACAGAGGAAAUUCCCUCAGUUGCCUAAACAGCUCUCCCCUCCCCCAAAGAGGCACCCAUUAAACUAUAGGAACCAACGGAAUGGUUACAACUUUUGGCUUCCUGAUGCUUCAUCAACCACUGAUGGAACUCAAACUGAUAGAAAAUGGCAGACUAUAGAGCAGAGAAUGGAAUGGCCAAUGCUGAAAAAAGAACCACAAAACCGGCACAGCAGUGUUGACUAUAAGACAAACAACUAGGAAAGCAAAAGGAAAACUCUCUAUCUUCAAUUCAUGGCCUGUGCAAUGGUAUAGCUACGUGGUCAUCAAAAACGGAAAACCACUAACUGGCAGAUAAAUGGCAAAGAUACCUGAGCCUGGGAGGCGUGAAUGAAUGGAAGUGACAAAACCUAGCAACACUUAGCAAAGACAUUGAAUUCUGUGUAGCUUAUACAGGCAAGACAUAAAAUGUCUGAAAAUAAUGAGACAGUGGACAAAUUAGCAUCAUGUUUAAUUAAGACUAGAAUAUUAAAAUUUGCCUGGGAAUGAAUUCAGAAUAAAUCAGUGAGGAUGAUAAAUACAAAUUGGAAAAACUUGAAAGUUUAACCCUAAUGCUGAAAUAAGGGGAAACUCUCUCCUAAGCUAGGUGUCUCUACCCUCUCAAGACGCCGUCCCACAAACAUGGAGCAGGUAAUGAACUUUGUCGAGCCAAGUCGGCAGUUUGUAAAGGACUCAGUUCGGCUGGUUAAAAGAAGCACCAAACCGGACAGAAGGGAAUUCCAGAAGCUCUCCAUGGCCACAGCGGUAGGAUUUGCGAUCAUGGGAUUCAUUGGCUUCCUCAUGAAACUGAUCCAUAUCCCUAUUAAUAACAAUUCUGUGGGUGGCUGAGUCCUUUCUCAUCACGGGACGAGUGAACAGUGAGGGGGUGACACGAUCAUGAAGUGAAACGUUGCCUGGAUGCUUUGUGGUUCUUGUUUCUUUCCUCCUUCCUAUGAGGUUUUCUAUUUCUAAAUUAAAAUAAUUUCAAAAUAAACAUUUUUU